AUGAAAGCACAUUUUUGCCACAAGAACAAAAUGUCGGGCUGGCCGCCCCCUGGCCCAAACUCCUGGGCUGGACUGCAGGGGCCUCCAUACAGCUGGGACAGCAUGAACAGCACCAGGGACUCCCUCACCAACCAAGUGUCCCAGUGCAGCUCCCUGGAGGAGGUUCACCUGGACGGGGUCCCCCCCGCCCCCCGCCUGGUGGAGAUGAGACGGGACCCGGUCCUGGGCUUCGGCUUCGUGGCGGGCAGCGAGAAACCAGUGGUGGUCCGCUCGGUCACACCAGGUGGUCCAUCGGAGGGGAACCUGUUGCCAGGCGAUGAGAUCAUCCUGAUCAACGAUGAGCCCGUCAGCUCGGCUCCCAGGGAGCGAGUCAUCGACCUCGUCAGGAGCUGCAAAGAAUCCAUCGUGUUGACUGUCGUCCAACCGUAUCCUUCCCCUAAAUCAGCGUUCAUCAGUGCAGCCAAAAAAGCCAUGCUCAAGUCCAAUCCGGUCAAAGUGCGCUUUGCAGAGGAGGUCAUUAUAAACGGCCAGGUUCCAAACCUGGUGAAGGACAACUCCCUCCUGUUCAUGCCAAAUGUCCUGAAGGUCUACCUGGAGAACGGGCAGACCAAGUCUUUCCGCUUCGACAGCAGCACUUCCAUCAAGGACGUGAUCCUGACCCUGCAAGAGAAGCUGUCCAUCAAAGCCAUCGAGCACUUCUCCCUGGUGUUGGAGCACAGGACGGAGGGCUCUGGGAGCAAACUGCUUCUCCUGCAUGAACAGGAGAUGCUUACUCAGGUGACCCAGAGGCCCGGCUGCGACAAGAUGAAGUGUUUCUUCCGUCUCAGCUUCGUGCCGCGGGACCCCGUGGAGCUGCUCCGGAGAGACGCCGUGGCAUUUGAAUACCUCUAUGUGCAGAGUUGCAACGACGUGGUGUUGGAGCGCUUCGGCACGGAGCUGAAGUACGACGCCGCGCUGCGACUGGCUGCUCUGCAGAUGUACAUCCUCACCAUGACAACCAGACAGAGCCAGAAGGUGUCCCUGAAAUACAUCCAAAAGGAAUGGGGUCUCCCGCUGUUCCUGCCUCCCGUCGUGCUGUCCAGCAUGAAGGAGAAAAACAUCAAGAAGGCUCUGACGCACAUCCUCAAAACCAACCAGAACCUCGUGCCUCCCGGGAAAAAACUGACUGGGUUGCAGGCCAAGGUGCAUUACCUGAGGUACCUCAGCGAACUCCGGCUCUAUGGAGGGAGGGAGUUCAUGUCGAUACUUUUGCAAGGGGAGAAACAGACCGAGGUGACGCUGCUCGUGGGCCCACGUUACGGCAUCAGUCACGUCAUCAACAUCCGGACCAACCUCGUGGCCCUGUUGGCCGACUUCAGCCAUGUCAACCGCAUCGAGAUCCUCACUGAGGAUGAGGCCAACGUCCGACUGGAGCUGCAUGUUCUGGAUGUCAGGCCCAUCACACUGAUCAUGGAAGCCAGUGAUGCAAUGAACCUGGCCUGUCUAACAGCAGGCUACUACCGCCUCCUAGUGGACUCGAGGAGAUCUAUCUUCAGCAUGCCCCACAGCAACAGCUCUGGAGGGGAGGACACUGGUCAGGAUCGUGUCCUGGAAUGGCCGUACAGCACAUCUUUGGGGGACAACGAGGAGUCGUCACCCGGCCAAGGAGAGGUCUACAACAGGGACUCUGAGUAUUCCAACAACGGGCCGAGAGAAAACAGCGUCUCUCCUUACUUCCAUGAACCCCCAAACCCUGACAGAGACCUUGGGACACGUAGGAGUCCGGUGCCCCCUCCUCUUCCCCCCGCCACCAGACACAAACCUCAAGACUCUCCUCGGAGCGCCAAAGUGUCGUUCAUUUUUGGGGGGGACCCACCCUUGAACAAGUCUAAGAACGUGGGCUAUGAAAGACUGUCGGAGAGCCCUGAGGUCCCCGAGCACAGACCGCCCUACAUGCACAACAACACAGACUUUCGGCCACAGGACAGGGUGCCAUUUCAGUUUGGGGGUCUGACGCACGUCUAUAGUAACAUUAUAACUGAGGAAGGUGGUGAGGAGCCACUGCUAAGGGAUCUGUUUUAUCGCGACACGACGGACGACGCGGAGGACGACGACGAAGCUUCCUGCGAGGAAGACUCCACCGGGGGGACACCGGUGGGCGACGACGGAGGAGGCGGAGAUGAAAACCGUGGCAACCAGGGAGGAGGGUUGGCCACGGCGGCCGGCAAGGCUUCCUUCCUCGCGCUUUCCGGUUCCACCGAUGACAUCAUAGACCUGACGUCGCUUCCCCCUCCUGAGGGAGACGACAGCGUCGACGAGGAUGAAGACGACACGCUGCUGGAGACGCUGAACCUGGCGAUCGCGGCUCCUCCGCCGGGCUUUCAGGACAGUUCAGACGAGGACACAGCGCCCGAGGGAAGGCCGCUGAGCACGUGUGACAACGAUGAUAUCCCGGUGUCGUUAAUCGAUGCCGUCCUGACGCAUGGGGAGGGGGAAGGGGAAGGGAGCAGGGGAGGCGAGAGAAGGCUGGAGAAUGCAGUCAUGCAUACCCUACAAGCCCUGGAGGCUCUGUCCGUCUCUGAACAGAGGCCUCCGCCGCCACCACCCAACAGUAGAAAUCCAGGUGUUUAUGCGUCUCGAGGCCUCAGCCCCGAGUCGUCCUCAGAUUCUGGCAAUGAGACCAACUCCUCGGAGAUGACGGAAAUCUCUGAACUGGCUGCUACUCACAGACUCAAUGACAGCCACAUGCGCCUCCUGAUGGCCACAAGGGAAGGGUACCAACCUUUACUUGAGGAGAAAACUGAAUUCCCCGUCUCGCCCUGCACUGUAGGAACGAUACAGAAGAAACCCCGCAGUCCACAACGGUACCUUCAGCCUCCAGCUGUUCCCCCGAGACGGAGCCCCCUUUUGGACACCGCUUCGUCGUCAGGGUCCGACAGCUUGGUGGUGAGAUCCCAGACACAACUCUCGUCCACUCUCCAGCGCCCGAGUUCCACAACACCAGGAGGCAAGCAUCACAAAAAGUCAGCGGAUUCCAGCAGCAAGUACAACACCUUCAGCACAAGGGAAGGGCAUCGAGGUGAGAGCGGUGAGAGCAGUGGGAGCCGCGGCCAUCUUGAAAUGGACCAGCGCACUUCGUUCUGUGAGCGAGGGGAAAGUCAAAGGAGACAGAAUUCUUUUUUGGAGGAAAAUGCUGCGGCCGAGGGCGUUGGAAUGAACAGCCUCCCCCGCGACCAUCCCAGGAUCCCCCGCCCUCCUUCCAUUAACUCUGAGCGCCUGUUAGAUGUUGUCAACUUGGGGGACUGCGGUGUAGAUAAUGGAGCUGCAGCUGUUGAGCAAGAUGAGCAUCUGGUCGUAGCGUCAUUGCUAUCCCCAAACAAAAAAUCUAGAUCAGGGGGGUCCGACCAGGCCUCGGACAUACAAAAUGACCACCAGCCGAUCUCUAGACAGCAGAGUGUCGCACGGUUGUGUGAGUACCAUCUCGCCAAACGGAUUUCAAAUUUGCAAGGGGAAGCCCACAGUUCACAACAGGGUUCCCUGUGCUCAUCGCUGGAUGCUGGUGGCAGCACGAACAGUAGUGCCUGUGCCACCCCAACUGACUCACCCCUUGGCCCCGGUGCAGUUGAAUUAAAACACCACCAUUUGCAAAGGCAUCCACUCUCCAAUUCCUCCUCCUCUUUACUCAGGGUGCUAAACUAUGAGGAUAGCAAACCCGGAACCCCUCGCGGCACCCCUAGCCAGAGCACUCAGGGAAAGGACCUCCACCCUCAUGCAGACCCUGCCCUCCUUCGGAAAAUGCUGCCCAACAUUCACCCUCCCGCGGCUGGGGCAGAACCAGGCCGUCCCUCCUCAGCCACAUCGUCUAAGCAUAAAGAGACAACAGGUACUGGGAGCAAGAGGCCCCACAAUGAUCUGCAUGCUAAACAACAGGCCUGUUUUAAGGGGCUGAACCAGAAGGAAGGCAGUGAGGCCUACAGACAACUGAUUAACUAUCUAACAGUCAGCCAGAUGCAUCAGGGAGGGAAGCUGCACAGUGCAGGCAUGGGAGGGGCUGUAAAAAAGGACACCAGGCGCUUUAUCACGAGUAACCCUCAGCUUGUCGAAAUGGUAAAGAAUAGGGGGAACACCAUUGCUCGCUGCCCAUGUAUGCCUUCCUCCAUAUCAUCCCCAUUUCUCAGCCCAAAUGUAAACCCUAACGCGAACACCGUGCAGCUGGCAAAUAGAAAUCCUCACUCAUACCAUUCUGCCACACUUCCUGCCAAGAGAAGUUCUGACAUGCAUGCUCAGAUACGGAAUGACAGUCUAGAUUUCACUGCCGAGAGGAGAAGCUCCUUUUCUGGCCUGGAAAGCGAACUAGAGAGGAGUGGUAUGGACCCAGAGCACUUCCUGUCACUGUAUAAGAGAGAGGGCUGUAUCAGUCGUGACGGGGGAUUCAUUACGAGUGGAAACCGAGAGGUAGCGGGUAACUCUAACCGCCCCCCGUCUCGGUCAAGAAGCCAGCCUAGUAGCAGCACUGAGGACUGGUUCAGAUCAGACCCGAGGGCAAAGCAUGCAGUCCGUCAAUCUCCACAUUCUCGUCCUAAUGAUUCUCUUUGUUUCUCUGCCGCCCCCAGUGUGAGUGGUCAACGAUCAGACCUCAACACCAUCUCACUAGGAAGGGGAGACCACCCUUCAGCUUUUGUCAGGCAGACAUGUGCUGGCACUAGGGCUUGCAUUACAUCUCCAGCUCCCAACCCACAAUAUCCACCUCCUCCACCACCUCCCCCGCCUCCUCCGCCUCCUCUGUCUCUUCCCUCGCAAGCCAACGCUAGCUCCAGCAACUCAGGAUGCACACAGGAUGCCAUCCAUUGCAUCCAGUCCCGGCCAAAUCACAACCACAUUCAAGCUGUUGCCCCAACCCAACCCCAGACUCUCCCAGAUCCCUUCUGCAAUAGCCUGCAACGGGGCAGGGAGCUCAAACGCAGCUCCAGCAACGUGACCGCCAGUUCCGGGAGUGUGGAUGCUCUGUUUGAUAAGCCCACUCGAUGCCGGAGCCAGCAGCCCUUGUCACCAUCUGUGCCCCUGCAAGGUGAGACCAAAGUCCAACGGAGGCCGACAAGGAAGCGGCUCUCCAAGAGCUACUCCCAAGGCUCUGUGUCUUCCCACACAUGCUGGUCUACAGGCAGUCGGGACUGCAGAAGGGCGUCGGUGGCAUUUCCGUUGCAGAAAGACGUUAAACAAUUGAAGGGCUCUCAAAAACUGGACACCAGUCCCUGGAGAUGCAACGGGCCUUUUAGCUACUGUUUCUUCAAACGUAAGAGCGAGGGAGAGGAGGAUGAGAUUGAGUGGGAGAGGCCCAGACGAAGCCGCGAUAUGGAUAAUGGCUGUGCGGCUGCGUCAGCCAUAUCGCCCUGUGGCUCAGCCGUGGAUGUGGCUGGGGAGCAGCUGUAUGGGGAGGUCCUCAAUAACAUGAGCUUUAGUGACCGCCUCGCGCGAAUCAACGCACUCAAGGACCGCAUGUACUGCUUCCCUUCCGGCUUCGUUGACGUCCGCCGCGACGCCAGCGAGCUCAUUGCCCUGGUGAGGUCCAGCGUUGGUCGCUGCGAUCGCGGAGCCCAGAUGCCUCUUCAAGACGUGUCCCAGUUCAAGCAGCUCCUCUCGGUCGAGUCCAAAGAAUUGGGCCGGGCAUGCAGGAGGAUGGCGCAGGCCCACGGGAGUCCCGAGGAGAUGCUGCUAGCCGUAACGUGUAGCUUCCAGGUGCUGUGCUGUCUCUGCGAAGCCUGCAUGUGUCUGGUCAGGGGGCUCGGGGCCGCAGCCUCGUACCAACAGAGAGAGGUCGUGGCGAAGGUCGACGAGGUCGUCAUGAACUAUAUCUGUUUGCUCAAAGCGGCCGAGGCUGCCACCGUGGGAGCACCAGGGGAGCACAGCGUGAAGGCCCUGGUCCGCCACUCCAGCACCAUGUCGGCCAUUGCUAACGCACUCACCCGCUCCCUUAAAACGCUGCUUAGCAAGUAGAGGCUACUCUUUAUGCUUUAUAGUGUGGCCUACGCAGUCAGUAUUAGUCUGUCUUUAAGCAUCUCGUUACUUUUGUCUCUGCUGAAAAAGUCGUAUAUUUUUCAUAUAAGGUCUGAACGGUCUUCAUAUCAAAAUCAUUGUAGUGUAAGACACACAACUCAGAGCUGAACAAAACGAUGCUGAAAGGUAGUCCCAUCUGACUGCACUUGCUUUUUCUGAUGACAAUAUUGUAAUGUAUAUUUACAUAGCCAUACUGUCACAGACCUUUGUUAUGUGAUAUGCACCUAAUAGAUACCCUUUUACCUGUGCAUUAUGUAGCUUAUUUAAAAUAAUGUAAAUGUAUAUAAUGUACAUAAAUAUAAUAUAAAUAUAUUAUUUGCCGUAGCAGUUUGAAGAAGCCAUUGAGUGUUCAGCAUAAUUUGCUCCAAUUGUACAGGGCUGGAGUGAAUUCACAUUCAGUUCAAUCAGUUCAUUAAGUGCAGUUUUACUACAGAUAUUUAGAAUUUACCUGUAGAAAUAUAAGCAAAAAUGUGUCACUGUCUGUCCAGUGAGGGAGUUGUUGCUAUCAUUUUAUCCACAUGAUUCAAUCUGCCGGGUUGAAUUUCUGAAUGACUGUGUCAAGGUGAACUGAUUUCAAGACUGUUAUAUUAGAACGCGUUUGUUUGAGAUGUUGAAAAAUACAGGGACAUUAUCAUUGCACUGCAUUUACCACUGCUUCAUCAUUUACCGUAUAGGUUAUUUUCAGAUAAAAGUAAUACACAGUAAAUAAUAAACUAUCCCCCGAAAAAUAAAUAUCUAUAAUAGAUCUAUAAUAAUACGUUAA